AUGGACGUCGAGUUCAAGCCCAACAACAACUCCAUCACCAGCGAAUCUGCCCCACUGAUCGAACCUGUCGAUAGCGCCAGUGACCAGGACUUGUUCAUGGUUCCCUUGAAAAGACCUUCUCCCAAGUUGCCGUCGUCUCGUUACAGAAACGUCCGCCCUCGCUCGCCUCCGCGCCCUCCAGCCACUCUCAAAAGAACGCCCCAACUACCCACUGGGGAGCAGAUUAAUCAACUCAUCGCCAUGGCUUAUCAAAGUCCACCUCUGUCAGAACGUGCCGGUGAUAAGAUGGACGCCAUCGUCAAAACACCACCAACAACAAUGUUUGGAUCGCCCAUGAUGUCCCCGGAACAGAACCAAGGACCAUCCCUCUCCAUGGUUUACCACAGUCCCCCCAUGUCGAGCCGAAACAUCAACGACAACCUCAACAGCACCGGUGCCAACUCCACUCCCGCCAUCGGCGGUAUUUUGUCACCCAACCCGAGUGACGACAACCACCACCCGGGAAAGUCAUCCCCCAACAUGGCCUCCACGACAAACGACAACCCCACCACCGCCCGCAACACCUCCCGUUCUGCCUCCCCCCAGCAGUCCACCAAAGCAUCCUCUGUAUACGACGCCCCCGACGACAAGAAGGAAGCCCAACCAACCACCACGACUCAACUCCCCCCUCCCAUCCCACCCCUCUCCGCCUCCCGUCCCGCCCCCUUGAGGCCUUACAACCUCUCCCUAACCAAAGCCAACCUAGGCCUCGCCCUCCAACUCAACCCAACCCAAGACAGCAACCUUCUGGCCCCACCCAUCGACCCAAACUGGGCAUUAAACCCUGACUCUCCCAUGGAGCGCGCCUCCCAGAUGCGCGCCACCCCCGACAGUGCUUAUGACAGAGCCAGACAGAUGGAGAUUAGGCGCUCGGAGUGGAAGCACAUCGUUUAUCGGUUUCCUGUCAAAGGGUCGGGGCACUGGGUGAUUGAUUGUGACUUGACCGAGAGCAGCCACGCCAGGCUGAGCGAUGUCGCAGGACGGAGCUCGGAGGGGUUUGAGUGGAAUGGGGAUUAUGAGCUGGCGAACAUUUAUAGGGUGCUGGCGCAGGCGCAUAGGAAGGUGGGAGAGGAGAUGAGGAUGGAGAGGAUUGGAGAGAGGAAGAAGGGUGUUACUGUGCAGACGGCUGUGGCGGCUUGA